AUGGACGCUGACAAGCAAAAGAAACUUGACAGGCUUGCCCGGGUUAGAGAAAACCAGCGCAAGAGCCGUGCCAGAAGGCAGGAACAUACCAGAGAGCUGGAGCAGACGUUGGCAUCCUGCAAAGAGCAAGUGCAUCAAAAAGAUAUUGAGCACAGAUUGAUUGUUCAAAAACUCGAGUCUGAGAAUAGGAAGUUGAGGUAUCUCCUGUCAUGCUCAGGACUGUCAUCCAGUACCGUCGAGGAAUAUAUCCGCACGGUCGAUGAUCCAGCCAUGACUCAGAAAGUCGCAAUCCCUGCUCUCCGGCGGUCUGAAGAGACUGCAAAACCACAAUGCCAGGAGAAGAAAUGCUCGCUUCCUUGCUCGUCUCAGAAGGUGGCACAGAGCAAUGUUGCUUUGAGCGAGGAGCCAGAGGAAUCGGCAGCUGGCGGUGCUUAUCAGCAACUUCCGGAGCCUGUACAAAAGCCCUUACUUCAAAUGUCCCAGAACUUCCAGCAGCUGUCCAAAGAGCAGCCCCUUUGCUGUAUGCCAGAUGAUGAAAGUUUGGACUCAUGGGCCUCCGAUGGAGAUGUUCUUGAUACCACUCUUUGUGCAAUUGCCGAGGAGCUGGUCGGUCAAUACAAUACGCGCGGUAUCGAUAUUACUGAGAUUCAGAAGAAACUUAAGGCGGGUUUCUCCAAGGGCUCUGCUACAGGAGAAGGAUGUAGGGUACAAAACCAUAUUCUUUUUCAGGUGUUGGAUGAAAUCAGCAAUGACUGA